GACCCAUUCGUUUCCCCGUAGAUGAGUGCGUAGUGCGUGUGGUUUGUAAACAUCGUCCGUUCUUUGAAGGCCUUGGUCGCCGCGAUGCUCUUCUUGGUCGGCACGAUCACCUUGAUCGGCGUCUUCUUGCUGGCGAUAUUCAGAUGGCGACAGAGGCAUUUCGCUUACUUCAAAGCUCUGGGAAUACCCGGCCCCGAACCGAGUUUGCUAUGGGGAAACAUUCGGGAGUAUCACGAAACGCAUCAUCACAAGGUUCUUGACAAGUGGCUGGCAAAGUACGGCGACACCUUUGGAUUUUACGAUGGAGAUGUGCCUUUUAUUGUGACAAAAGACUUGGACUUCUUGGAAUACAUUUUGGUUCGCAACUUCCAAAACUUCACGGAUCGAGGGAGAGGAUUGGUGAUGGAGCAAAGUCAUCCCCUUUUGGGCAACGCUAUCGUCUACGCGGAAGGCACCCAGUGGAGAAACGUACGACGAUCUCUAGCACCCGGUUUCACCCCCGCAAAGCUAAAGCAGAUGAUGACAAGUCUGAAGAACGGCGCGGACAUAUUCCUGGAUAUUGUCGGAGAGCACGCCGACAGUGGUCGUGAAGUGAAUGUGUACCCCAUCUACCAAAGAUUAACUAUGGACUACGUGGGUCGUGCAGCAUUCGGCGUCGACUUCAGCUUCCAGAGAGGACCAGAAAACGCCCUCGCGGCCACCACCAAAGCGGUGCUGAAAGGGAUCAUGAAGGGACCCGUUCACUAUAUUUGCCAAAGUACCUCUACACUGGGUGCAGCUGUAAAGCCCCUUUACUGGAUCAACAUGCUUUUCGGCGCCUACGUCGCAAUAGCUAUGACAAAAGAGACGGCGAAAGUGAUUGAACUUAGAAGAAAAAACCCAGAAUUACGAAAGCCCGACGUGCUUCAAAAUCUGCUUGAUGCUGAAUAUAUCGAAGACACCUCCAAGAUUGGCAACGGAACAUCAGAGAAUGGCAAAGGACCAGUGAACGUUUUCAAAAGACGUGCGUUGACGACGGAUGAAGUUCUUGUGAGUGCUUGUGCAUUGUUCGUCGCAGGGUAUGACACGACUUCUACGUCUCUAAGCUAUAUCACGUUCCUUUUGGCAAAACAUCCAGAUGUCCAGGACAGAGUUCGGAAAGAAGCCAACGAUGCCCUUCCCAAUAAUGAAGAUUUGGACUAUGAAACCAUUACGAGGAAGCUGCCGUACCUAAAUCAAGUCAUCAACGAGGCUCUUCGCUUGUACCCGCCAGUGCUUACGUUCGUAACAAGAAAGGCCAUCGAGGACUUUGAGUACAACGGCGUGCGUUACAAGGCCGGAACGUGUUUCAUGUCUCCGACACUACAGAUCCACAGGGACGCACGAUACUGGCCUGACCCACUGACCUUCAAUCCGGACAGGUUUUCUCCGGAAAAUGAAGGCAGCUUUCGCAAGGUAGCCCACCAGCCUUUCGGCGUGGGACCACGAAAUUGCAUCGGGAUGCGCGCGGCUCAGAUGUCGUUGAACUUCACAAUUGCGCGGUUGGUUCAACAUUUUCAACUCGAGCUGGGACCUUCGCAGGGAGAGGGAUCCCUGGACAUGGUUUCCCGCGCGGUGGUUUCGAAACCAAGCGUCGGUCCCUGGAUCGUCUUUAGGCGGUUAUGAACGUCGCACUAAAGAUCAAGCUUCAUGCGUUUGCUCAGGAACAAACAAGCAAGCCACCGACACGCACAAGACGUCCACGGCGAGCGAAAGGCAAAUACCUACACCUGGUGCCGUCGUGAAGUCAUCAGGGAGUAAACUCUGUACCUGCUCGAGUACCAAGAUCUGCACGCCAUGACACAACGGUGUGGCGAGUCUCAGUUCUGCCGGAUAAGCUAGCUAUUUUUAAACGCGAACAGGAAAGCUCCUUUGAAAGUUUCGAUGUUAUUUUUUAUGUUCAUUGUCUAGGGAAGAGUGCCUUCUUCAUAUAAAGCAAUUUCUGUUCGAGAAAAGAGGGCACGAAAGCUAGAGCACAUUCAGUCCCUGCCCUUGUGAUUGUCUUCGCAUUGAAAUUAGGGCAAUGUGCGUAUAUUGAUCCUGUAUAUAAUGCUUGCCAAUAUAUUCUGUAAUAAUGAACGCGAGAAAUUCAUACAUAAUGCGUGAAAGCAUCCAUGAUUAACAUUAAAUAGGUCGUUUAGCUAUACUGUAGUUCUAUAAAGGUACAUUGAAGCACUCUAGUAAAUAAACUAUUAUUCAAUUCGGGUUCAAAAUAUUUAUAAUUUCUGAAUGCGAGCCUUAAGCACAUAAUACAGGUAAGUAAGAGAAGGAUACGGCCCGCUCUGAGUAUUUGUUAUUCUUCUCCAACAGACCGAGCCUCGUGAGGAUCACAUGUAAAACCCAGUGUCAGUGGUUUGUGUUAUUUAACGUGUGUUAUCCAUAAUUUCUCACAUAUGGUGCUUGUUCUUGGAGUUAUCCUCUUACCGCAAAGCUAUCGCUGAUUAACCUUUACAAAUAUAAUUUGGCUUCUCACUUUCCAAGAUAAAAUGCAUUAUUAGAAGGGCGUAUAAGCAAGCCUUGGGACUCCGGCAAAUACGUCAAACGAGAAAUUCUUGGCGCUCGGUGUGCACAACACACUAGACGAACUUAUUGAGGCCCACAGAGUAGCGCAGUAUGAAAGGCUUACACAGAGUGUGACGGGGAGACACGUCUUAGAUGACAUCGGAAUAACCUGCGAAGAACAGCACGGAGUGUGGAGAGACAUCCCAAGGAAAAUAAGGGAACAUCUAUCAAUACCCCCAAUCCCCAGAAACAUGCACCCGGAGUUUCACCAAGAUCGAAGAAACGCAAGAGCGAGAGCUCUCCACAAAAGAUUCCGUAGUGUCAGGGACGUGGUCUAUGUGGACGCAGCGAAGUACGCAAAUAGACAGAGUAUGUCGAUAGUUGCUACGAGUCUAGAGGGUGACUGCAGAGUUAGUGAGACGGUAAAAACGGAGAAGGCGGAGGUGGCGGAGGAGGCUGCUUUAGCACUGGCAAUAGCCUCCACGGAAGCUAACAUCGUAGUAAGCGGCUGCAAGACAGCCGUCAAGAACUAUGCAAAAGGAAGAAUCUCACCGUAAGCGCUGAUAAUUUUAAACAACUUUCGCGAAAGACCAGCUUUAACGAGAUCACCAAACACUAUAAAUUGAGAAGGGCCCAUUUCCCUCCGGCACACUCCUAGCUGAGUAGACGGCAAGCGACGGCAUGGCGCCUCUUACAAACAGAUACAUAUCCGAACCCGGUGGCCAACCACCGCUACUACCCGGGCCUUUACACGGAUAGAUGUAGACUCUGUCAAGAAAGGGCGGACCUACAACAGAUGGCUUGGGCUUGUCCUCGGUCACCUACGCAAAAUAAAAUAAACAAGACCAGAGAGCAGUGGGCGACCGCGUUGCUCAGCUGUGCACCGGAAGACCAACUCAAGGCAAUCCAGCAGUCCGAAGAUGCCGCCAGGGCCGAAUUAGGGCUCGAGGCCGUCAUCUAGGUAGAGAGGCCUAGGUCUCAAACCUGCUGUGCACAAAUAAAGCUUAUUCCUCCUCCUCCUCU